CGAGGGAAUGUUUUUUAUGUAACACAGGGUGCAAAUUGAAGGGGAACAUGGCAGCUGCUGCUAAACAUGGAUUAUUAAGUAGUAAAACGUUGUUAGUUCACACUUUUAACAGGAAAAUAGCACCAACCAGGGUUUGUGUCCACCGAGCGGUUGAAAGACAGAGCGUCAGAGCGGCGAGCGGCGGGACCGCGGACUCCCAGCAGAAUGAAAAGUACUGCCUGGACCUGGUCAGGUCCAGAGACUAUGAAGGCUUUUUGUGCUCCCUCCUUCUUCCGGAGGAGGCGCGCCGCUCCUCUCUGGCUCUGAGAGCCUUUAAUGUGGAGCUAGCACAGGUUAAAGACUCAGUUUCCCAGAAAACCAUCGGUUUGAUGCGAAUGCAGUUUUGGAAAACAGCCAUAGAAGAAAUAUUCAGAGAUGAUCCUCCGAACCAACCAGUCAGCUCUGAGCUGUGGCGGGCUGUGAGGACGCACGACCUGACAAAGAGAUGGCUGCUGAGGAUCAUAACAGACAGAGAAAAGGACCUGGAGGACAGAGCCUACAGAAACCUCCAGGAACUGGAGGCGUAUUCAGAGAACACACAGUCCUCCCUGUUAUACCUGCUGCUGGAGUGUUUAGGUGUGAAAAACGUGCACGCAGACCACGCAGCGAGCCACAUCGGUAAAGCUCACGGGAUCGUAACGUGCCUCAGAGCGAUUCCCUACAACAGCAGCCGGCGGAAAGUCUACCUGCCCAUGGACAUCUGCAUGCUGCAUGGAGCGUCUCAGGAGGACUUCAUCCGAGGCAGCCAGGAGCCAAACAUCCGGGACGUGGUGUUCGACAUCGCCAGCCAGGCUCACGUCCAUCUGGAACACGCACGAUCAUUCAGCCACACUGUACCACCAGCCGCUGCCCCGGCCUUCCUUCUCACUGUGGCGUUGGAAGACUAUCUCCAGAGAGUGAGGAAGGCGGAUUUCGACGUUUUCCACAAGAGCCUGAGGAACAGGAACCCCCUCCUCCCCAUCCAGCUGUACUUCCGCUCCUGGAAGCAGACUUACUGACUCAGUCGCAGCUCGAGUGCAGCGACUGAGAGCAGCGGGACUCAGACUUUCACCUCCGUGGGGAAUCUGCACGGAGGCUGAAGACAUCAAGACUCACUUUGAACCGCAGCACUGCCACUGAAGUCAGCCUCUUCAGUUAUACACCAAAUAUUUAAAACCCCUCCAGGCUGCAGCUCACACACCAGCAUUAGUUUUUAAAAUAAUCAAUUUAGGGGGAAAAUACUUUAAUGGAGAUCUGUGCUGCUGUGUGUGGGUUAUAUGUAAAAUGUAUGAGAACAUAUGCACAUUUAAAGAAUUGUGAUUAAUUGAUUUUUGGCUUGUAUUUAUUUCCUGCUUUCAUUUCAGUUUAUUCUGAUACUAAACACACUUCCAAAAUGUCUGCAGACUGACUGAAAUGUCAUCUGGAGACCUGUAGAAAAACGUUUCAUUUGUUCUCUACCAUCUUAAUACUGCUGAGAAGAGAACAGAUGUGCUGCUGAUUUCCUACAGAAAUAAGGCCCAAAUUGGAAUCCUUUUUUUUUCUUUUUUCCUUUUUUUUUUUGUAGCCGUUUCAUGUCUUCCUCCACGACAUCUGACAGUGGGUGUGCCAUCAUGAAGUGCUGCAGAAAACCUGAUAAUGCAACACUAAACAAAACAUGUUGUGUCAAACCAUUGCAGGAUUUUAAAAACAACAUUAGAAUGUCCAAUUCUGCAAGAGAGGAACCUUUUUUUUUUUUUUUACACAGAGCUGUCAAACAUGUGGCUGUGGGCUGAAACUGGCCGGCAAGGCUUCAGGCCGGCCUGCAAAAUGACUCUGUAAAAUAGAAAACCGUCAAAGAAGUCAGUAGUUUUCUUUCAGUAGAAGUCACUGCUGCUCCAAGUUACAUUGUUCGAGCAAAAGUAGAUUAGUUAAAAUCUAAAAACAAAACAGUUUUAGAGAAAAAAGGCCAACUAUUCCACAUGACGAAGUACAGGUGGGAAAGGAAAAACUUCAUAUUAACAGGAAGAGACCUGCAGACUCAGGCUCAGAGGUGGCAGUUGUCUGCUCUUCCACUUGGGAAAAAUACGUAACAAAUGCAAGGAUUUUUUUUUUUUCUGUCACUCUCGUUUGGAAGUGUAGAGUUCUCAAUGUCUCAUCGUAUGUGCUCAUAUGUUCUAUGACUUGACUCAUUGCACCUCAGUCUUUUUAACAUUUAUCUGCUGUAUAAACCCAGUAAGACUCCUGAAGCGAGCGGUCAAAGCCCCCCACAGGGCAGGUCCACACAGAGACAAAUAAUGAGUCUUUUUCUGGCGCUGUCAUGACCAUCUUGGUGGAAAUAUUCUCGAAAGCUGUCAUGGUUACUUUGAUUAUAUAAGAAAUUCAAUCAACCAUGACUUCCUGUGUUUC